AAGCCACAGCUUGCCUCAGAUCAAUAAAGUGCUAAAGUAAACAACUGAUAUGCCUCACUGAUCAGAUAAAGGCAUGGCUCAUCAAGACAAAAGUACAUUAUGCAUUACAGCCAAAACACCAUACCAGCUGAUCUCCUUUAAUCAGUUAUGGUAACUGAGAUCAGCUGAAUGGGAGCAUGACUUACAACCACAAGUCUACACCACUACUUUAAAAAGUGUUUGGUUUUGAAAAUUGCACCAAUAAUAUCUCAGAAGUCGCUAGAGGGUGCACACUGCACAAGUUACAUUGUGAAUAGGGUGCUUUAUUCUCUGAUAAUGGGUGGUAUUAGUUGAAACUGGAUGUUGGCUAAGUUAGUUAGCAGUUGCCUUAAACAAUCAGGGUGGAGGUUUAACUAUAUUGUCUCUGCGUAGGAAAAGAAAACAAGGUCUAAUGGACUCCAACAGUGAAGACGGAGAGUACCAAAAUGCUCAAUAUGCCUUCCAGCAGGAUGCAGCCCAUUGCAGGGUGACAUAUCCUUACAGGAGAAACACAAACGAGAUGGAUUAUAAUAAAAAUGAGGAGUUCAACAAGAAGAGGUAUCCAGUGAGUCGCUCUGGCAACAACCCAGGCAGAGUGAAGCGGAUUGUGUCAUGUAAGAGGAAGACCCAUCAUCUGACGGUGGCUCGGAGGAAGCAGAUCGGGACCGGGAGGGCUUAUGAUGCUGCAAACAAGGAGAAUGAGAUGAACUGCAUGCAAGACAUGCAACAGGAGCUAUGUGACAUGGACCCUUGGGAGUUCCCACUAAAUGUCAGUUAUAAUCACAAGACUGGUAGAACAGGUUCUGAGCAAGCUGACUACUGUACACUCACUGAGCUCACUGGGGAUCAUGGCACAAUGACUGAUGUGCUCUUCGGAAGACAUCUGAGACUGAAAGUGUCUCUAACAUUGUGGCAGAGAAAUGUCGGAGAGCUGUUGACAUACUUUCUGAGAAUCCAAGACGUUGGUGUGUUUGUUGACUUUCUCCCACUGAUAAGCAAAAGCAUUGAUGAGGAUUCCCCCAGGAUCACCAUUGGCUGUUGUGUUGACAUCUUUCCAUUAGUUAAGAAAGUCCUCAUCACUCCAUAUGAAGAGUACCUGAUUGUUGGUUUAAAGUGGAUAAAUUCAGUUUUGAAAAACUGGUGGGAGGAACUAAGAGCAAGUGGCUAUAGUGGAUCAACUAAACCUCUGUUGGAUAAAAAUUUCCAGGCCUUUAAUCAGCAGUUAUUGGGGUUGUGGUAUCAGGAACCGUUACUGAAAUCUGUCCCUGGAACUGCUGGAGACAUGGCAAAGGUCAUUGAUUCUUUCCUGUCUCAACUUACCUGACGGCAAUGAAGAGCUAGAUAACAAAUCAUUCUCUGGGAGCAGACCCACAAAAAUUACUAGAAUCCUUAGUAGUAUCAUAAGAUGAGGUGAUGUCUGUAGAGCUUGAUGUAUUUAUUGGCUUGCAGAGCAACUUGAACAGAAGUACUGAGAAUUUGCAAUAUAAAGUAAUUCAAUUAUGUACCAAAUUUGAUGUGAUUGUUCUGUCAUUGUGCAUUUUUAGUUUUAUCACAGAAACUCCAAGGCUUUUGUGAAUUUAAGAAUGAAUGUUAGCAUUUUGUUUCAUUGAUAUGUUGUAUCUUUAAUUGCCCCAUUGAUGAAUAAAGUUUGUUUAAUUAUUUUUUUAUUUGUCUUUUUGUUAGUUGUAAUUCCUUGAUUUGUGUUCCAUACAAUAUGAUUGUGGUCCUGAGCAAAUAAAAUAAAUGGAUGAAACGA